GGGGGUCGUUUCGUGUGCAAAGUCUGAUGAUGACUCUGGAUAUAUAUAUCGUCGUCCAGAGAGGUCCGGGAAACAGGCUCAACCGCUCCUUUCUACUUGUGAUCGUUGAGAUCAUCACAGAGAUUGUGGGCAAGCAGGAAAGGAGAAGUUGCUUUUUACUUUUUUGGAUUGUGGCCUAUUUUGAGUGAGGGGCCUCCAGGGGGGAGGGAGGGAUGCUGACACGCAUACACACACAUACACAUACACAUACACAUACGUCAGCCAGUCUCGUGUGAAGACUGAUCUCUCACAGCGCCCUUGGGGGUGUGUAUGUGUGUAUGUAUGUUUAUGUGUAUGUAUGUGUGGAACAAUGCAAAAAUGAUAAAGUGUAACAAUGUUCUGUGUCCGGCGGUUUUUCUGUUUCGGCGGGAAGAGGGGUGAAACGAAGAUGUUCUGAAUAGCUCGCCCUUUAUUUCCCCACAACGGGAAUCUCUUGCGAGGCGAGCGUGCUUUCUCUCUCUCUCCCUCUCUCCCC